GGAGCCUCUUCAACUUCAUGCUUUUUCUACGGAGUCGACUCGUUUUUUGCGUACUCUCAGGUCGCGAACCUGCAAGCAGGAGCUGUUUGUUUGUUAUCUUUAGUACUUUUUCUUAGCCCUAGGUCGGUGCAGGCGAACGCACCACGAAAGAUUCAUAUCAUGCCGUCCGCAGAAUCAGUUUCCGUCCAGCUUCAUCUCGCGAACGGGAACCCGAUCGAAAAUUUGACUCUGCAAGUAGUUCCUGGUGUCACGACGGUGCACGAUGUCAAAUCGUCCCUUCCAGCAACGGCCUUCCCCGCAACCGUUCCUGCUCACAGCGGGCAUCACGUGAAGCCACCGCUGAGUAUGAUCCACAUCGCUUGUGGCGACCAGCUGCUCGAGGACGACAGUUUUCUUGUUGGUGAACGGAAGACAGACGGCGCUCAAUCAGAAGACAUAGCUUGUGAGAGCGAUUUUCCCACAGUAGAUGGACAGCCGAUCUACUACCUGCUCAAUACCUGCGGAGACGCGGACGCGCACGUCGCACCUUUCGUCGAUCACUGGCUGCGUGACUGGCAAAAAUUGGUCGGCGAUCGGGUCAGACCACAUGUGCCGAUUGAUCCGGGCGGCUCGGUCAGCAGCUACACACACGUGUGCAGGGGAACUUCGCCGGUUAAUCUGAAUUCACUCGAUGCUACGCAGAUCGAAGCUUCUACCAUGCCGGGCCGCAGCGAUGUUUGUCUUGCUACGACGAGUCUUGAACGAGAGAAAUCUCGGCUGCGACUUCUCUCUCUGUUUAUUUUGCGAACUUGUGUGAAGACUGGCCUGCAGAGAAUGCAAACUGGAAAGAGUUCUGCGUUGUUUCGAUUCGCAAUAACUCUUGUAGUGCGAGAGCUUGAAUUACUGCCACAUUAUUAGCAAGACAAGCACCAUUUGCGGCGCAGGUACAGAAGCUCGGUUUACCUCGAUAAAUGUUGCAGAAGCCUUUGAAACCUUGAUGACGGAGGAGUUGUGCGACAGUGCCUACCCCGGUGCGCGGGACGCCUUUCUUUCCUUCGCAUAUCUGUGCUCCCUUGAGGGCGACGCUCGAGCGGAGACUGACCAUGACAGCGCGGCGUCACACGUCGCGGGCGCUGAGAGCACUGACCUCCCGCCUCGAGGGCGCAUUCGGGAGAAGUAUUUUGAACGGCAGCCGCGCAUAGGGUCAAAAAACCUGGAACAGAAAAGCAACUACGGAUCGGGACAGACGCAAGAGGCUAAAAAUCAGUUCAAUCAUGGGCGUUGGAUCGAGACAGUCGUGGAUGCGUUUGGAUUUGACAACGGUCCGUGGACAAUAGGUCCGGAUGUGUCGGUACUAGAGCUCGUCCCGCCCUCUUGGACUGAAGGGCUGCAAGACCUGUUUCCAGGCCUGGCCGAAAAUCUUGAGCCGUGGUCGUGGUUGGGCCUCAGUGCUCGGACGAAAAGCAAGCGCGAAGAUUACCAGGAAGCUUUGCGCGAAUUGAAUGAGGAUUCGGACUAAUGGCGCCGCGAUGGCUCGCACUUUCUCCAUGUGCGGUUGAUGUGUAUAAUAUUUGAUGAUGAUGAACUGCGAAGCAGUAGUCGAAGCUGCUUCCCAGACGGGGCGUUGCAGAAUAAACCCAGUAGCUUUCGCUCCACGAUGUAAAAUAACAUAUGAACAGCAAGCGUCGACGACGGUCGGCGCAGCUUUCUCUUUCUCAAAGCAAAGAACCAGGGGCCACAACUGAAAUCCAUUAUGACGCCUCCUGCUUGGAGUAGUCUCUUCGAAAAACACAAAAAAGAACUUCUCUUGAAAAGUAGGCGUUGAAAGCGAG